UUGGCUACACUUGGAAGCCCAGCAGGCUGGCCAGUAGCCUUGAGCAACAAAUUCGACUGGGAAUAUUCAGUUAGUCAGAUUCGUUGACCGAAUCCACAACCUAGAGUCUACGUUUUUUCAAGUACAAAAUGGAAGUGCAAAUGAGCGACACGAGCGGACAACCGGGCAAGAGUCCGGCGCCCACGGCUAAGCCAGAAGGCAGCGAGUUGCUGGAUGAAGGGUCCAAGGAUGAAGGGUCCAAGGACGUUUUCUUUGACUUGGAGGAUGAAGAUGAGGGGACCACCAGCAAUUCGACAAGCCAUUCGCUGUCGGAUAUAUGGGAGCAGGGAUUCCAGGAGCAGGCACAGAUACACAAGCUCAAGAAUAUGCUAAAAUCGAAGUCGCACGAGCAGGACAACAUGGCCCAGCAGGCCGCAGAGACACGCAAGAAGCUGGAGGAGGAGCAGACACGUGUGGGCAGCAUGGAGCAGCAGCUGAAGCGAGCCUGUCAGGAGAAGCAGCAAUCGCAGGAUCUACUGGCGGACACGCAGGUGAAACGCCGGAGUCUGGAGAGCCGCCUCGUUAAACUGCGCGAGAAGAAGAAGUGGGCGGAGCAGUGCAAUACCCAGCUUGAGUCCAAGCUGCAGCAGACCCUCAUCCAGUGCAAGCAGCUCAAAUGAAAAUGCGCCCAUA